AUGGUGAUAUACAACAUUCUAGUGAGAAAAAAGGAGAAGUACGAACCUGUGGUGUCCCAUCUUCAACUUUUGAUCAAAUCUUAUAUUCAAGAAGUUGGAUCGAUGGAUGUAGAGAUUGCCACUGUUUUGAGGCAAAAACCAAGUGUUGUUCCGAAAGAAGCUCCAAAAGACUUUGAGAAGCUUAAGCCAAAGAAAAUUUUCAAAGAAGGAUGGUUUGUAGUUUAUAUGUCUAGAGAUCCUCAGGGAGAAGAUCGACGCAAGUUAUUUUUCCAUCUCGAAGACAAUCACUUAUUUACCACUUCCUAUUUGGAGUUCAUCCUGGAGCUAGUUGCGAAGUUUAGAGGUAACAACAAGGAUGAUGUGAAGUGUUUCACUGAUGUGAUCACUUGGUAUAUUUAA